GAGAAUAGGCAGUGACGGUUACAGAGCCGUGCACAAAGCACGUGUUGCCCGCAUCGUAAACGGAAAUCCAUCUAGUGUGCCAAAUGAAACAAUUAGACGUCGGCUUUGCGAGUUUUUUGUAGUCUAGUGAAAAGUGGAAGCCGAAAUUCGAGUUGUGAAAGCGUGAUAUGCACAUCAAUAGAAUAGCGUUUAAUCUCCAAUAAAUGCCUCUCACCCCCAGAGCAUUGUUUCCCCCAAUAACAAACGGCGUUUAAGCGAUGUGUGGCCUCAUAAAGGGGAACUUCAGUCUAUAUUCCAGGCCGGUAAUAUUUACACAUAUCUGUAAUGGAGCUUCGAGAACUCCACCGGUUCUGAUGAUAAUAAGUUACAUUUUGGACUGGGUGUUACUUAUAUUAAACUGGAGUGCCAACAAAAUUUCAUUACGGAGUGUAUGAGAACGUGUUUGAACAGUUUGAAUAUGAGUUCGGUGCAAAGUAAAGUGCCUUUUAGUUUGCUGAAACUUUUUCAAGUGUGGAUUAUAAUGCUCGGAUGCAGUCCCAUUAUGUCAGGACACAAUGGAACCCGCUCUCUUUUCGAUGAAACUAAUGAUACAGACAAGAGUGUGGCGCCAGUAUUUGAGGACGUUUCGAACAGAAUAGUAUAUGCAAGAGUUGGCCAAACUCUUCUACUACCUUGCACUGUCAGACAUCUUGGAACCAAAGUGGUGUCCUGGAUAAGGAGCAAAGACUUACAUAUCCUGACGUCGGGACGCCACACAUUUUCGAGCGACACUCGCUUCGAGUCAGUGCACACCGAUAGCUCUGGGGAUUUUUGGGGAUUACGGAUACGAGGCGUCCAUAUAUUCGACACGGGCCAGUACGAGUGCCAGGUUAAUACUGAGCCGAAGAUGAGCUUGGCGAUCAACCUAACAGUCACGGUUUCAGGUGACCACAACUUAGCUAUUUCUAAUUCGAAAUGGGUCAGCCAAGCCCUAAUAAAAGGUCCAAGCACAGUUUACGUCCAGAAUGGGUCCCCGGUGACUUUCUCGUGUGAAAUAUCGCCUCUAUCUCUGCAAUCUGGAGUUCACGGACUUUUCUUCGCCACAAAACCAGUGGUUCGUUGGCUGCAUGAUGGAAAAGAAGUUUCUUUCGAGUUCUCAAAGGAAACUGCAGCCGUCGAGACGGAAUACAGGAAUAAGGAUCAAAGGAUAUUAAGCAAAAUUCAUCUUUCAUCGGUAUCGUGGAAAGACAGCGGACAAUAUACCUGUAUGCAGCCGUCAGUGAAACCAGACAGCGUUAAGCUUAUUGUAGUCGAAGGUGAACAUUCCGAAGCCAUGCAAAGCGACUUUCCUGUCCAACUUACCAGUAGCAGCCAUGUAAACCGAGCAUCUUGGUUUAUCUUGAUAGUGAUAAUACUGAAUUCAUUGUAAUUAUUUCAGAAUAUACAUAUUUUUACAA